UCUAUAGCCGAUUUAAUGGCUCUUCCACUGCCCGGACGACUUCCAAAAUUUAAGGAUUUUCGGAUAAUGAAACUGCCAUCCAGCGAGACGAAGUCCUCAAUUUAUCGAAAAUACAUUUCUUCACUCAGUGAUGACGAAUUGAAGAUGAGUAAUUGCAGUUUUCGACGGAUAUGGUCCAAAUACAUACCCCAUGUUACAGUUAUGAAACCAGCGGAUGAUCUCUGCGAUGUCUGCCGUGUAUUUUUUCUUUUAAUAGGAAACACAAUAUCGAUUAAGCAAGCCAAAGGUGUUACUGACAUUGAACGCGCACAGAAGCUUAAUCAAUUUCUUGAUCACCUCCACCGAGCCCGAAAUCAACGAGAAUAUUAUCAAAGUUGGUGUAGAAAUACUGACCCUACAGCAGUCGAAAAUGAUUUUGCCCAAACCGUUCACUACCCUGUCAGUCCACAACAACCUGGUACAGCAUACUUCAAAGCAACCAAGAAGUGCGGAGUCCUCGGAAUUACAGACGAAAAACAAAAAGUUCAGUACAAUUACAUGAUAGACGAAAAAGAUGACGUUGGUAAAGGACCUAACUGUGUUGUGAGCAUCCUGCAUUAUCACCUGCAAACCUACUAUAAAGACAUUGAAACACUCGUUCUUUUCUGUGACAAUUGUGUUGGGCAGAAUAAGAAUAACACUACUAUCAUAUCUGCAAUGGUGUUUGGCUCGGGGUCUUAACAAAACUAUUUUAUU